AAAACCCAACUGAGGGAGGGAGUUUCAUUCAUUCCUGCUGAGCUCUGCCCACUCCUCCCUUCCGGCUGCUGUUCCUGCCAGGGCUGUAGUCUAAGGCGGGAAGGAGGUCAGGGGACUUUGCAGUUGGCUGGUAAACUGGAUGAGGCUGGGAGGGUGAGAGACUGGAUCCGAUGUGGCUGAUGUACUGCUCCCUGUGGCUGUUCUUUAGGGUGCUGAUUUUUUCUCUGGCUGCCCCAUGUACCUGCAGCUCUCCAGGGUCCCUCAGCAGGACCAGCACCUUUUGCUAUCAGGAGGUCUUUGGGAGCACAGGGGCUGCUGGCACCAGAUAUCUGAGUUUCCUUAGCCAGAGCUCUGAAGACUUAGUGCUCUUCCAGAGCACAUGGGACAUGAACAGGCACCUACUGGCAUGCUCCAUCCAGAAAGAGGCCUCAGUAACACACCUGUACCAGGACUUCUGUGCCCAGCAUCUACAGAACAACUUUUCUGGCAGCUCUUGGAGCCCAGCACUUCAGCGGGACUUGGAUGCCCUAGACAAACAGAGGAAUGCUUGCACCAGGAUUGAAACCGUGGAAGCAGGUGGACCCAGAAUAAGGAGAGCACUCAUGGAAAAGAGGGCAGAACCACCCCCAGAGAAGGUUAGGCACCGGAGGAGCCGGCGGGGCUGGACAAUGCCAGGGACACUGUGGUGUGGAGCUGGGGACUCAGCAAAGAACUUCACUGAGUUAGGAAUCUUUCAGGGCCCAGACUUGUGCUGCCGAGAACAUGACCAAUGUGCAGAGCAGAUCACUGCCCUGGAGUACAACUAUGGCAUCCGCAAUUACCGUUUGCACACCAUCUCCCACUGUGACUGUGAUGCCAGGUUCAAGCAGUGCUUACUGGAUCUGAAUGACACCAUCUCCAACAUCAUUGGCAUCACCUUCUUCAACCUGCUGGAAAUCCCAUGCUUUGUGCUGGAGCAAAGUGAGGAGUGCAUGGAGUGGCACUGGUGGGGAGGGUGUAACCGCUAUGGCUUGGUGCCUCUGGCACGGGUAAUGGAGCAAGGCCAGUACCACUAUGACCCUGCCCUGGGGAAGACAGGCAGCCCUACCCCAUACCCUCCUUCCCCAGACAAAGGCAAGAAGCCCUCUAGGCUGGACAAGAAGCACAAGAAGCACAAAAAGCAGAUGGAAAAAAGCCCUGCUAGGGCCAUGAAACAUGGUGACGGCAUCCAGAGUUUGCAGAGCCACAUGAAGGACCAGAAGCCCAUGACACCCUUGCUGCCCAGGAGGUUGGACACACCGCUCCCUACUCCUAACAAGAGUAGGGUCUCACCCACAUUAGGGCAUGUCCCAGCAUCAGUGAGGCAAAAACCAGGUACUCUUGCUACAAGUACCUCAUUGGAGCAGGGCACCAUGACAGGGAAAGAACACCUGUCCACAGGAGGGUACCAUGUGGAGCAGAAGGUACAGCACCAAACCAGGGGUCCAGCAUACUCUGCCCAAAGGACCAACUCCAUGAAGCAGAGAGUGAUUCCCCCUCCAGCCUUGGAGAUGCACAGGGGAAUCCCUGCACCACAUCAGAACAAACAGCACCACCUGACAAGGAGCUGCAGGUGCUACCAGCGCCUUGACCAAUGCGAGCACAAGAUUGCACCCAAUGAACUUAAGUAUCAGCUGCACAACCUGGACUUCCGGACUCUGUUCCAUUGUAACUGCACCCGCAGGCUGGCACGGUUUCUGCGUAGGAUACAGAGUCCCAACGAGAUGGAAGAGUUGGUGCUGUCCGACUACAUCUCCAUGGGCUGCUUUGUGCUGGAGCCACCUGCAGGCUGCUUGGCUGGAGAGGACCAGCAACCCAACUGUAUUGGCAAGGGCCGGGCUGUCCUUGUGCCCGCAGGGCAUCUGAAGAACACACUGAAGAGAUGGGGGCAGCAACCCCCAGCCCCCGUCAAAGUCAAGCGGCAAGAAUGGGAGGCACAAGGUGGAACAAUCGGGCUCUAUAACAAGUGUCUCCAGCUGGCCAGGGCAGUGCAGAGACGUGAUGCUAAGCUUGGUACGUCGCUUCCCCGAGCCAAGGCAGCCUCAGAGCAUAUGGACACAGCAUGGGAAAAUCCACAGGCACAUACUGGCAGUGCACCAUACUGACUUCACAGCCAGCACUAGCAUCACUUGGCUCUGAGACAAGAGAAAGAGUGAGCUUGAGCACAGUCUGCUGCACUUGAGCCCUGGUUGGACAGUAUGUAUCAUCACAUGGAGAUCUGGGAUAGCCCCAGCCCCCUACAGCAAAAGUUGGGGAGAUAGGACAAGAUGGCACAGAUGCCUGUCCCCUCCUUGUCCUUACCCUACUGUGGGCUGGGGUGGUCCUGGAAGCAGGAGGGAAUGAUGCUGGUUGGUACCAACCCAGGAUAGCAGAACCCCUCCCCCCAAAAUCCAUGUAUCCAGGAGGCGCAGGUCCCCCCCACUUUUUUUUCCCAAUAAGUUAAAUAGCCCCAGUGCUGUGGGAGAGGCUGUGUUGGGGUAGAAGCCCAGUAUGCCGGGAUGCCGUAAAGGCACGUGCCACAGCUGGAUGCAAGGACACCUCCCCUCCACAAGGGAGCUUGCAAGGCCAGGCCACUGUUCCCCAAAGGUAAUAGGGGGUCUCUGUCCUGCCCGGGAUCUGAGAUCCUGCAGAGGUUCCACUACCAGUAGCCAUUCCCCUACCUCCCUACCUCUAACUCUGGAGUGUCCAAAGGCUCAGCUGAAUCUCUCCAAGGCUGUCAAGAAGCUGAGGCUCUGGGCAGAAGUGUCCAGAGGCCAGAGGGAGGGCCUCUGAGCCAGGUCUUUGGAGUUCAGCCUUGCUGCGUAAGCCUUUUGCCUCUUUCUACCUUUCUAGCCAGGUAUGUUCUAUCCCCCUUUUUAUAGCACUGCAGCAUGGUCUUGUAAGCCUUAUGACUUGUAGCCUGACACUGCACUCUUCCUGGAAUGGGGCAUGCCUGCUGCUGCAAUCCACUCUGUGCCUGCAGUUGUGGUGCAUAUGAUAGCAAAGUUAUGAGAUUUAUGUGCAGGGGUGGAGCUGUGCCCUCUGCUGGUCUCCACCCCUUGGUGGGCCUUGGCUUUCUGCCUGUAAAUAAUGCAGAAAUAAAGAUCUUAGUUCAGUCCU